UUCUUCAGUCAGAAACCAUCUUGUAAGCAUCUGAGGACGAUGGUGUUACCCAAACGGUUCAUUUUCGGCUUGAUAAGCCUCCAUCUGACGAUGAGAGGCACUGCUCAAAAUGAAGGGUGUGUGACCGCUAUUGGACAUGCCUGUCCCUUUGGUUGGACCCAGUGGACUGGUAAAUGCUACAAAGCUCUCAAUCACCAAAUGACGUGGUUCGAUGCAAAAGUGGAGUGCGACAAGAUGGAUAGUGACUUAGUCGUGCCACAGUCCAAGGAGGAAACGGACUUCCUUCUGAGCAUGAAGUACUACUUCUGGAUCAACUGUAAUGAUCUCCACACAGACGGUGUGUGGACGUGUCAAGAAGGGUCCAUCGAGGUGGAGUAUCGGGAUUGGAAUCAAGGCGAACCCAACAACUUGGGCCAAGAGGAAGACUGUGGUUCCGUUUGGGGCAACACUAAGAAAUGGAACGACACACCAUGUAGUUUGGAUUACUCUGUGAUAUGCACACGACCUGCUGCACCGGUGCUCCACUUCUGACGACUUCCUUCAUGCUGAGAUCUGAUAACAUUUUAGUUAUAUUGAUGCUGAAUUAUCGUUCGUCCUCGACGGUUUACUCAUAACUUCACAAGCAUUAGCAAUGAUUGCACAGUCUCACACUAAAUAACUUUUCUCUUCUGUAGCGGAUGAUCGGAUGAAUACGUGAAUUAUUGUUCCUGAACGCUAAAAUUCACCAUUAAUUAAAAACAAAAACAAAAUAUAGAAACUCUCGAGGAAAUCAUAAAAGACGAGUACUGUGCAUCUCAGUUCGCAACAGAAAUUUGUGAAAAAUAUAGAAUGAUUGUUUAGCCUUCAUUGUCAAAAGAACAGCGAUGUUUAUAGGGCCCAAGUAACUGCCAAACUUUCUGAAGCUAUUGUCCAUGAUGUUUGUGGUAGGACAAAACUAUAUAAGAAACUGAUAACACCUUAACAGUUUUCAGACAAACUGUUAAAUGGAAUAAUCAUUGUUCCUGUUUUGUGAUUUUCGUGAUCACUGGAUGGGUAUAUCCGGUACUUAAAAAUAUUUUCUGCUUUUUCCUGGCUUGCUGAAUUAUACAA